CUUUCUGAUAUAACCUAACAUAAUCUAUUUAUUUUAACCAUUUCUGACUAUAAUUUGGCAUCCAGGUCUAAUCGAAAUUUAAUAUAAAUCAACAAAUACAUCGUAUUCGAUGAGAGAAUUUACAUUACUUGACAUUAAUUUAAAUUACUGUGGGAAAUAGUCGAUCAAAAUCAAGAUUAAUAUGUCGAAAAAUAUAAGUGAUUCUCGUAAACAACAAUUAGAGGAGCUAAAGAAUUUCACUGAUGCAGUUAACAAAGAAAUCACUAAUAUUGUUGAAACCUUAGGCUGGACAAUGGAGAAUACAAUGGCAAAUAUUGACAAAGAAUAUUUUACAUGUCCAUAUGAUCCAUCACAUCAAUUAACUGAAGGGUCUCUCAAUGAUCAUCUUAUUUCUUGUCAAUGGAAAACUGAAGGUUAUGGAAAAUUAGAUAUUCCAUUAUCAGAGCCAACCCUGCCAACAGAUUCACUAUUCAAUAUAAAAUUUGAUGAAAGAUUGCAAAAUGAAAUUCUAAAGAAGGCUAAAGAGCAAAAUCCAGCAAUGCAAACUGGUAUAGGUGAGCGGUUAAUACCACGUACAUCUGAUAGGCUUCUCACAGAUUUUACCAGUGAUGAGAGAAAAGCACUAUAUGAUUAUGUCAUCUCUAAUACUGCAAAACCAGACAUUGGACAGGACAUUGCAAAUAUUGGAAAUUUAAAACAAGAGAAAGAAGAUAAAAAAUUAUCUUUUUUGGAGUUAUUGGUUCAAGAACGUAAUUUGAAAAGACGUAGAGCAAAACAUAAAGGUGUUCAUACAAAUAAAAAAUCUUAUGUCGAGAUACUCAGAGAAUUAAUUAAUCAACAAAUGGAAAUAUAUAUUGAUUAUAUGUUGGGGCAAAAUAAUUCAGAUCAUGUUCAGACUAGUGAACUCGACGAUUUAAAUUACGAAACGAUGCAAGACAGAACAGAACGUUCAUCUAAAGUAUUUCAUACUUCUUCACGAAAUUAUGAUCAUUUACAUUCUAGAGAAAGAAACGGUCACUAUAGCAAAAGAGAUGAUCUAAAAAGAGAUUUGGAAGAAAAGAAUUAUCAUCGAUCAAGAGACCGAGACAGGCAAGAAAAAUACUCAGAUGAAACAUAUAGAAAACAUAGACAUACUGAACACAAGAAAUCAUCCCAUUCGAGAGAUCGAAAAUCAAAUAAGAAAAAUAAACAUCGUAGUAGAGAUAGACAUAAAGAUAGACGUCACGAAAAAAAACAUAAAUCUCAAGAUCGUGACAAAUCAUCAGAAAGACAUUCGAAACAUAAUGAUCAUAAACGAAAAAAGAAAAAUAAAGACUAUUGAUAAUUAAUAAGUCAAUUUUAAGAGUGAACAGAUAACAAUAGUAUUUAUUUAAAAAGUCCCGUGUAUGUGAGUAAAUCUAUAAUAUUAUUGAAAGUUAAAUUUAGUAUGAAUAUUAAAAUUUAUAAAAUUUA